UCCAAAUCAGAGGCUUCCCAGGUUCCCAUAGCAUCUGCCGCUGCCUCGCUGAAGGGAGGGGAGGAGCUCUUGCCUCCCCCCUCUGCCUCCCCUGCCUCUCUCUCUCUCUAUUGGUCCUCUGGUUUACCUCUCGGUGGCGUGUACCGGGCCACCCCCUUCCCUCUUUUGCAUCGCCGCCUCAGAUGCAGCUACCCGGGCGGCAGGGAGGGAGGCUCUCAGCAGACGGUGAGGAGAGCUGGUGGGUUAGAGGACCGAGGACUCCAGCGCCGCCUCCAUCCUCUCCCCACCUCUAUCCGCUCGAGACGCUUCGUCCUUGGGCGAUUAGGGAGUCACCUGGCGAGGCAGGAGUUUGACCGUCCUCUAGCUCUCAGAGAGGACUCCUGAAAGUGAUCUUAAAAUCUUCGCUAUGGCUCACGCCGCGGCUCACAUUAAGAAGGCCAGGUCCGAGAUGGACCAGCCUCCGGACCUGAAGGCUCUGGAGAAAGCCAGAGAGAGGAGGCGGCGUUCCCGGGAACGGGCUGAACGCAAGCGCAAGUCGGACAGCAACACGAGUUUCCUGCGAGCGGCAAGGGCAGGCAACAUCGACAAGGUUUUGGAAUAUCUGAAAGGGGGCGUGGACAUCAGCACCUGCAAUCAGAAUGGUCUUAACGCGUUGCAUCUGGCGGCCAAGGAGGGCCAUGUGGAUCUGGUCCAGGAGCUGUUGGAGAGAGGUGCAGCAGUGGAUUCAGCCACAAAGAAAGGAAACACAGCGCUUCACAUAUCCUCUCUGGCCGGUCAGGCUGAAGUAGUGAAGAUCCUGGUCAAACGUGGAGCUGACAUCAACGCACAGUCUCAGAAUGGCUUCACUCCUCUGUACAUGGCCGCCCAGGAGAAUCACCUGGAUGUGGUUCGGUACCUGCUGGAGAACGGAGGCAACCAGAGCACUGCUACAGAGGAUGGCUUCACCCCUCUGGCCAUUGCCCUCCAGCAAGGCCACAACCAAGUGGUUUCUAUCUUGCUGGAGAACGAUACCAAAGGCAAGGUACGCCUGCCUGCCUUGCACAUCGCCGCCCGCAAAGACGACACCAAGUCGGCCGCCCUGCUCCUCCAGAACGACCACAACGCUGAUGUCCAGUCGAAGAUGAUGGUCAAUAGGACUACUGAGAGUGGAUUCACGCCCCUGCAUAUCGCUGCCCACUAUGGGAACGUCAAUGUGGCCACACUCCUGCUGAACAGAGGGGCGGCGGUUGACUUCACGGCAAGGAACGGGAUCACUCCACUCCACGUGGCCUCUAAGCGUGGCAACACCAACAUGGUUCGCCUGUUGCUGGACCGUGGCUCUCAGAUUGACGCUAAAACAAGGGAUGGUCUGACUCCCCUUCACUGUGCAGCUCGGAGUGGACAUGAUACAGCUGUAGAGCUGCUGCUGGAGAGAGGAGCACCUUUACUGGCCAGGACCAAGAACGGCCUGUCUCCUCUCCACAUGGCAGCACAAGGCGACCACAUCGAAUGCGUCAAACAUCUCCUGCAGCACAAGGCUCCCGUGGACGACGUCACGCUGGACUACCUGACGGCGUUACACGUGGCGGCUCACUGUGGACACUACAGAGUCACCAAGCUGCUGCUGGACAAGAGGGCCAACCCCAACGCCAGAGCGCUGAAUGGCUUCACUCCGCUGCACAUAGCCUGUAAGAAGAACCGAGUGAAGGUGAUGGAGCUGCUGGUCAAAUAUGGAGCUUCUAUCCAGGCUAUUACAGAGUCUGGUCUGACUCCCAUCCACGUCGCAGCCUUCAUGGGUCACCUGAACAUCGUCCUGCUCCUGCUGCAGAACGGAGCUUCGCCCGACGUCAGCAACAUACGUGGGGAAACGGCGUUACACAUGGCAGCCAGAGCAGGCCAGGUGGAGGUGGUCCGAUGUCUGCUGAGGAACGGAGCGAUGGUGGACGCUAGAGCACGGGAGGACCAGACUCCCCUCCACAUCGCGUCCCGUCUGGGGAAGACGGAGAUCGUCCAGCUCCUCCUGCAGCACAUGGCCCAUCCUGAUGCCGCCACCACCAACGGGUACACCCCUCUGCACAUCUCGGCCAGGGAGGGCCAGGUGGAGACUGCCUCGGUCCUGCUGGAGGCCGGAGCUUCACACUCUCUGGCCACUAAGAAAGGUUUCACUCCCCUUCAUGUGGCCUCCAAGUACGGAAGCCUGGAUGUGGCCAAACUCCUGCUGCAGCGUCGCGCUCCUCCUGAUUCUGCUGGGAAGAACGGCCUCACCCCGCUCCAUGUCGCAGCGCAUUACGAUAACCAGAAGGUGGCGCUCCUGCUUUUGGACAAAGGAGCGUCGCCCUUAACCAUGGCCAAGAACGGCUACACCCCCUUGCACAUCGCGGCGAAGAAGAACCAGAUGGAAAUCGCCACGGUGUUGCUGCAGUACGGAGCAGAGACCAACAUCUUGACCAAGCAGGGAGUCACUCCGCUCCAUCUGGCCUCUCAGGAGGGUCAUGCAGACAUGGCCGCCCUGCUCAUGAACAAAGAAGCCCAGGUCAACGUUCCCAACAAGAGUGGCCUGACUGCUCUCCAUCUGGCGGCUCAGGAGGACAAAGUAGCCGUUGCAGAGAUUCUAGCCAGGAAUGGCGCCCACCUCGACCAGCAGACCAAAUUGGGCUACACCCCGCUAAUUGUAGCAUGUCACUAUGGCAAUGCCAAGAUGGUCAAUUUCCUGCUGCAGAACGGAGCCAGUGUCAACGCCAAGACCAAGAAUGGAUACACUCCCCUUCACCAGGCAGCCCAGCAGGGAAACACACACAUCAUUAACGUUCUGCUGCAGCACGGUGCCAAACCCAACGCCAUCACUGUGAACGGUAACACUGCGCUGGGAAUUGCUCGGAGGCUGGGCUACAUCUCUGUGGUGGACACGCUGAGGGUCGUCACUGAGGAGAUCAUCACCACGACGACGACGGUGACGGAGAAACACAAACUGAACGUGCCGGAGACCAUGACGGAGGUACUGGAUGUCUCUGAUGAAGAGGGCGAUGACACGAUGACGGGCGAUGGAGGGGAGUAUCUGAGGGCCGAGGACCUCAGGGAGCUGGGAGACGACUCCCUGCCAGGACAGUAUCUGGAUGGAAUGAACUACCUCCGCUUCAGCCUGGAGGGAGGACGAACCGACAGUUCAGACAGGUCCUUCACACCCACCCACCACAGCUACUACUCCCCUAAACAUGAAGGCAUGAUGGAUGAGAUGCUCAGCGGUCACCAGGUUUUGUCGCUGGCCAGGGAGAAUGAGAGGGAUUCCUACCGGCUGAGCUGGGGCACAGAAAACCUGGACAACGUGGCUUUAUCCUCCAGCCCCAUCCACUCUGGCCAUUCCUCUCCGUGCCAUGAUCAUGGAGACCACAGCAGCUUCCUGGUCAGCUUCAUGGUGGAUGCCAGGGGCGGGGCCAUGCGCGGCUGCCGGCACAACGGCCUCCGCAUCAUCAUCCCACCCAGGAAGUGCAGCGCGCCGACACGGGUGACCUGCCGGCUGGUGAAGAGGCACCGUUUGGCCACCAUGCCCCCGAUGGUGGAGGGCGAGGGCCUGGCCAGCAGGCUCAUCGAAGUGGGGCCCUCUGGAGCCCAGUUCCUCGGUAAACUCCACCUCCCCAGUGCUCCUCCGCCUCUUAACGAGGGGGAGAGUUUGGUUAGCAGAAUCCUCCAGCUUGGCCCGCCGGGGACAAAAUUCCUCGGUCCUGUGAUCGUGGAGAUCCCCCACUUCGCCGCCCUCCGGGGGAAGGAGCGGGAGCUGGUGAUCCUGAGGAGUGAGACGGGAGAGAGCUGGAAGGAGCAUCACUGUGAACACACCCAGGAGGAACUCAACCAGAUACUCAACGGCAUGGACGAGGAACUGGACACGCCCGAGGAGCUGGAGAGGAAACGCAUUUGCCGUAUCAUCACCAGAGACUUCCCACAGUACUUUGCGGUGGUGUCACGCAUCAAGCAGGACAGUAAUCUGAUUGGUCCUGAGGGAGGCAUCCUGAGCAGCACAGUCGUGCCACAAGUACAGGCAGUGUUUCCUGAGGGGGCCCUCACCAAGAGGAUCAGGGUCGGACUACAGGCCCAGCCGGUGAAUGUAGAUGUAGUGAGGAAGAUCCUGGGCAACAAAGCCACCUUCAGCCCCAUCGUCACCCUGGAGCCCCGUAGGAGAAAGUUCCAUAAACCCAUCACCAUGACCAUUCCUGUCCCCAAGACCAACUCCGAUCCAGUCCUCAACGGUUUUGGAGGGGACACGCCCACCUUACGACUGCUCUGUAGUAUCACUGGUGGAACAACGCCAGCCCAAUGGGAGGAUAUAACAGGAACUACUCCUUUAACUUUCAUCAAUGACUGCGUCUCCUUUACUACCAACGUGUCUGCCAGGUUCUGGCUCAUAGACUGUCGGCAGGUCCAGGAAUCAGUCAACUUCUCCACUCAGGUGUACCGAGAGAUCAUCUGUGUCCCGUACAUGGCCAAGUUCGUAAUCUUUGCCAAGACCCACGACCCCAUCGAGGCCCGCCUUCGCUGCUUCUGCAUGACUGACGACAAGAUCGAUAAAACACUGGAACAGCAGGAGAACUUCACUGAGGUGGCCCGCAGCCGAGACGUAGAGGUCCUGGAAGGCAAACCUAUCUAUGCAGACUGCUUUGGAAACCUUGUCCCCCUCACCAAAAGUGGCCAGCAUCAUCUCUUUAGCUUCUUUGCCUUUAAGGAGAACAGACUAGCGCUCUUCAUCAAAAUCCGAGACAACACUCAGGAGCCGUGUGGCCGCCUGUCAUUUAUGAAAGAACCCAGGAACUAUCGGUCGCUCACCCAAAACGCCAUAUGCAACCUCAACAUCACCCUCCCAUCAUACUGCAAGGAGUCCGAUUCAGACCAAGAGCAAGAGGAAGAGACCAGCAGAACGCUCGAGAAAUAUGAAGAGACGGAGACAUCAGUCCUGAAAUCAGAGCUGAUUCGAGAACCAGACCUCCUAUCCGACGUGUCAGAGAUGAAACAAGAUUUGAUCAAAAUGACUGCCAUCUUGACUGCAGACUCCACAGACCCUUCCUUAGGAGGGUGUGGUCUAGAGAAAGGGGCUGAGGAAGUUUCUGGAGAACCAUUAGAAAUAAUGGAGAAGGACUUAGAGAAAGUCAAAGAGGACCUAGAGAAAGUCAGUGAGAUACUGAGGAGUGGAACUUAUGAGGGUGAGGCGGCAGAGAAGGCAGCAAAAGCAGCUAGGAUGGCCGAGGAGUGGGUUCUCCUCUCAGUCAGUGAGAUAGAGGAGGCCAUAAAGAUGGCAGCCUUAGAAACUCAAGAGCCUGUCUUACGUGAAAGUAGAGCUAACAGAGGGGCUCCCAGACCUAAAGCCAUAAAGGACAGCGGUGACCUUAAAGAAUACCUCCUGGAUGCACCAGUAAGCUCCAAAGCAAAAGCUAAAAAAGAGACAGGUGUCCAAGAAAAAUUCACUGAUGUUGUACUACGCAAAAGUGCAAAACCAACCACUCCAACCAAAGCGCAUGACAAAACUACCACUGGUGAUGUUAAAAAGCCAGUGAGAAGGAAGGGGAAAGACCAGGGGCAGGCAGAGGAAUCAUCAGAGGCAGGGGCUCUUCUAAGUGUGCCUACAGCCCCUGCCCCAACAUCACCUGUAUCCCCGGUGAUUGAGGAAACUCCCAUUGGGUCAAUAAAGGACAAAGUCAAAGCCUUACAACAGAAAGUGGAGGCAGAGCAAAAGAGCAAAAAGGUCACUGGGAGCAAGCCUUCACAUUUGCCUGUUAUCAGCAAACCUUCUCCAAAAGCCAAAGAAACCCCUAAAUCAAAACAGGGCCCCCCUAAAUCCCCUAAAGCUGACUCUGAAAAACUUGAGGAGACCAUGUCAGUUAAAGAGCUGAUGCAAGCAUUCCAAACGGGGCAGGACCCCUCCAAGAGAAAGUCUGGGCUAUUUGAGGUCAAAACAUCCUCCAUAUCAAGAUCAGAGAAAACCACAAAAUCUGAAACUGUCCAGUCGAAAACUAUGACCAAAGCAAAAACCUCAUGUGUCUCUCAAGAGCGAGAAGUAUCGUUGGAUUCCAAACCUCGCAAGAAAGACACCACUCAGAAAGACAAACGGAAAGAAACCAAGUCAGUUGACGCUGCCCCUUCAGCGAUAACUGAAACUGUAGACUUUGGAAAUGGUGGCCUUGAUGAUAGCUCUGACAGCUUAAAACACGAGGGUGUGGCAGACUCACUAAGUGCCAGUUCUGGAGAUGGAACCCCUCAUCUGAGCUCUGAGGACAGCUACAAACAUGAGGGACUAGCCACUCCAGGCACAAGCCCUGAAAGCCUGUGUCUUUCUCCCAAAACUGGACAGCAGACCUCUACGUCUUCGGCACCAGCUGCCACAAGAGUCAAAAAAGAAAGUAAAGACACAGAGAAGUCUGGAGACUCUGGUGUAGGGACCACUGGUGACCAACUGUCUACAGAAUUGACCCUCCCUGUCUCUUCCAGCGAGGCUGCAGAUGACCACACUACAAUAGAUCCACAGGAUGAAGCAGAGAGAAAAGAGCAACGGUUGGCCAUUGUAGCCGACCACCUGGGCUUCAGCUGGACGGAAUUAGCACGAGAACUGGACUUUAGUGAGGAAAGGAUCAACCUGAUAAGGAUUGAAAACCCUAACUCACUGCAAGACCAGAGUCACGCCCUUUUGAACCUUUGGGCAGACAGGGAGGGAGCGCAGGCCACAGAAGCAACACUUAUCAAAAGGCUGACUAAGAUCAAUCGAAUGGACAUCGUUCACCUCAUUGAAACCAAGAUAAUCAGAUCCACUCAAGACGAGACAUCAUCACAUACCUAUGCAGAAAUCGAGCGGACCAUAGCGUUGGACCACAGUGAAGGUUUCUCUGCCCUUCAUGAAGACAUUGACAGCCCCAGGCCGGGCAGGCGUACAGAAGCUGCACGUCGGAGUCCAGGCUCAGGACAAGAGGUACCCAUGGUGUCGGCAGAAGACCUGUCCUCCAGUUUGUCAUCUCUUCACGAGACGACAGGACGAUCAGAGACAGACUCCAGAGCGACAGGCCUUCUCAGAAACGCCCAGAAAGAGAAACUACAAAAGGAGAUGGAAACAGCAUACUCAUCACAAAGAAUAUAUGAGGAAGUGACAGACUCGGUACACACAGGCAGUUAUAAACAAGCAGACAACCUUCCAGACAUCCCACCCCAGACAGUCACAGAGGAGAAGUACACAGAUGAGCACGGCAACAUGGUAGUUAAAAAAAUCACACGGAAGGUGAUCCGUAAAUACGUUUCUCCGGACGGUAUGGAGACACAGGAAGUGACCAUUGAGGGCUCCCACCAGGAGACGGUGCAGAUAGAGGAGGGAGAUUCUGUCUCCAGAGUGGUGAAGAGGACUGUGCUUCACAGUGACGGAGAUCAGAAAGAGUUGACCUUCUCUGAGCCUCUGGCUCUGGGCGCCGCCACAUCUUCGGAGUUCGAGGUGGAGCCGGUCCAGGGUCGAAAAGUCAGCAAGGUUGUCAAGACGACGGUAGUGAGAGGAGAGAGGAUGGAGAAGCAGACAGGAGACCCCUCAUUGGCUGCAGAUCUCCCUUCAGCCAGAGAGGACUUUGAGAAGAAGCCAAAUGCGUAAGUCGCAGACCCAGAAGAGGACUGUGGUGAGGGAUGCCCAGGGGAAGCACGUGCACCUGGAGCGUCUGGACGACACCCCGGACGCCCUGCAGCCCGACGCCCUGCAGCAGCACCUGCACCGACUGCUCCAACGCUACUGUGAGGAUGACCAGGAGGAGGAAGAGGAGGAUGAAGAAGAGGAGGAUGAGGAGGAGAGUUUUGACUGAGCAGCUGCUUCCACUGACCCCCUCCCUACACCUCCCACUUGAAGCCUUUGGUGACGUACUCUUCCUCAGAUCAAAAUGUUCCCUUUCUUGCUGUCCUCGCCGAUCACUGGACUCUUUUUCUUUCUUCUUCUUCUUUGGUUUGUCGAAUAACGGAACAGUAUUUUUGUGCUUUAACACUUUUCCUUUGCUCUGAUUGUGACCAAAGAUGGCGCCCUUCGUUGUUUCCGAAGAUUUUUGUCGGUGUUACCCUUUUUUUUCCCUUUAACUCUUCGGCUGCUGUGGUGUGAUUAAAGUACGACGCACCAAAGGUGGAUCAGAGUCAAACGGGGGCAUCUCGGACGUUUCGCCUCACGCACGGGCCUCUUCUUGAAGAACUCUUGUAAACAUUUGUACAUAGAGGAGAUGAAAAAACAAAAUCAUGCUUGGACUUUGGGGGGGGGGAGAGAAAAACAUUCAAAGCAUUUAAUACAUUAGCCCACCUAAACCUGCUGUACAUGCACCGAUUCAGCUGGAGAAUGGUCACCGUACAGAUGAGAUUAAUGUUACACAGAGAGUAAAGCUGGGGGGAGUGAAUGUGUGAAUCAUCAUGAACUCUUUAUACAGCCAAACAUCAAGCUGCUGAUCUGUUUACAAAGGCUGUGCGAUCACAACUUUUGUCUUCCCAUGAUGCAUCUGCCCUUCUUUCGUUUAUGUGUCCGUUGUCCUUACGCGUGUCGUCGUGCAUUCACGUUUAUCCGCCACCUCCGUGUGUGUAAAUACAGUGUGUCUAUUGAGAAAGAAACUAGUGAUGAGGAAUGUCUUGAUGCAGACUGAGCACCUACCCCCUGCUGUCCUGAUGUCUGGGAUUCACCCUCCCACUAUAAAUGUGCUGCUUGUUCUCACCUCAGACUGCAGCUGAUGAUUUCCCCUCCAUAAAUGUUUUUAAAGGACAAGUCUGGCUGUAUUAGUGACUGUCCACAAGUCCUGUGAAAACACCCAAACCAACCAAGUGUGUAUCCUAAAGGUACGAGUCCACUAGAUGUGUUUUUCCCACAUGGUUGGUGGUCACUCGCAGGGCACUACAUGGUCACUUGACAGUCCGGUAGAUGCGUUGGAUCAACAUGGCAUCUUUGCUGCAAACUUUCUCUUUUAUUUUGAAAAUAGUUCAGCAAAAUUUAUUUCUAAAAGCAUUUGUGGCACGAAACAACCUCUGCAGUAGCUGAAUGUGUCCUGGUUUUGGUUCACCGAUUUCUAGUUCAGAUGUUUGACCAAAGUUUCGCGAUGCAUUGGACCUCCAACGGUGCAUUGAAUUUGCAUAAAGUAGAAGUUAAAUUUACUUUAUGCAAAUGAACUGGAUUGCAGCUCGAAAUGCACCGCAGAUUGCAUUCUGGUCCAGUUGUGGUGCGUGCGGAGGUCCAAUGCAUCGCGAAACUUUCGUCAAACAUCUAAACUAGCCAUUGAACUAAAACGAGGACAGAUCCAGCUGCUGCACAGCAUAUUUCUUGUCUCAGAUGCUUUCAGAAAUACUUUUUACUGAACUGUUGUUGAAAUAAAAGAGAAAGUUUGUGGCCGAGAUGCCAUGUUGGUCCAACGCUUCUACCAGACCACCAAGCUGAAAGCUUGGUCAUGUGACAAUGUUGUGGUCCGCUAGUGACCGCCCACCAUGCGGAUGAUUUUCAGAAGCAGCGCAUUUACAUGCAAGAAGAAUGCACCGAGCGGACAUGUACCUGAACUCUCACUCCUCUGCUCAUGCUAGUAAAUGUGGCACUAUUUCCUCCUGUUUGUAAAGUUGGACGACUCACCAGGGAACUGAAUGACGUACCCAAAAGCACAAGCUGUAGCUUUGUGGUUUACUUUGAUUACUUGCAAUUUUUCACCACUAAAGUGUAUAAAUAACUCAACUUCACAUUAUAAUUAAAUCUCGGCCUUAAACAGUGAGAGGUUCUGACAUAAUUUAAAUAAUAUGCAGAUAAAUUAUUAGGUGAAAACAACAUUAUUGGCUUAAAGUUCAUCUCCAGCUUUUGAUUCAACACCUAGUAACCAAACUUAGAUAUUUAGCUGUUUUGUCCAUGAAAAUAAUCCGUAAAUUGUCUUGGCUGUAUCUCUACACUGUUGCUUCUUUCAGACUGUAGUUCUCUCUUUGUCUCAAGCACACCAGCUCACCUGCAAUUCUGCUAAAACUAUUCUACGCUACACAAUGGUAAGUUGUAAUACGAGUAAUUCUUUUAAAGUCCCACAAUAUACUUAUUUUUUAACAAGUUAAUUUAAGUCUCACUUUAACCCUAAAAUAUCUAAAGCCAAUUUCAGCUCAAAUAACCUCUCAGAUCUUUCAUUUUAUGACAUCUUUAAUACCCUAAAGGGGUAGUGUGGGCGGUGCUUACAUUGUGACAUCACAAGGAGCCACAAACCUGAAUGGGUCAUUUUAAAAUAGAUUUUAUGAGUUUUUAGACAUAAUCAUGUUCAAAAAAUGGAUUUCGUAUCUUAUGACCCUUAAACUAAUUCAGCAUUUCCGUGCUGAUGAGUUGUGUUCUAGUUGAGAAAACUGUGUUUAAUCAGAGUACCACAAACAAACUGUCAUCCAGAAAAACUAAGUGCAGUGAAGCCCUUUACAACAGGAGCCAAAUAGUAUCUAAUUUGACCAAUUUUCAUAAAUGUUUCAUUCAAAUUUAACUAUGCAUUUGUGACCAUUUUCAGCAGGAGGCGGUAGGCUCUGAGCAAACAGCUGAGCUAACAUUUCAUUGGUUUGGGUGUUUUCAUGGAAAGUGUUGACAUGUAGAGAAAUCUAAACGGACACCAGAUUUGUCCUCUAGGUUUUCAGACACCAUGCUUCCUGUUGAGGUGCUUUUGCUUUUGCCGCCGUCGUUCAUUUUUACUUUGCUCUUAUCAAAGAAUCGACAUAAACAGUCUACCGUAAACCCGAGCAGACGCCAACUUCCACUGACUUCAGUUGUCACAUCUGUGUUUCCUUAUUUAUUUAUUGCUGUCUGUUGGUGUGUUUGAGUGUGCGUUCGAGUGUGUUCUGAAGCUAAAAGUAAAUACAAAUGAAGUGAAAUUUCUUUUUUUCUGCCAUCGUAGACGAACAGUUUUGUUGGUUUGAACGCCGGCUGAAGUGUGUGUUCAUUUCGAACUUUUAUCUGUGUAACAAUGCGAUCCUCACGUUGCCAUUUACUUUGAUCCAAUGGAAGAAUAAAAGAAAUGUCAAAAAGAGAACCAUCGAUUUGAUAAAUGAGCAUCUUGUUUCCAUGGUGAUAACAAUAUUCUACAUAUUAACAGUGCAAAUAUCUAUGCGGGCAUGUAUGACUUUAUCAAAUUAUUACUAAAAAAAUAAACCUGAAACGCUAACAAGGCAUAGCAGCUGCAGUGUAUACAUGGCAGAACAAUAAAACUGUUCAUGUGUCAAA